AUGAGGAACCAGAGCACCGUGUUGGAGUUCAUCCUCCUUGGGCUUUCUGGUGAUGCCCAGAUCCAGGCUCUGCUCUUUGUGCUCUUCCUGGCGAUUUACCUUCUGACCCUCAUGGGGAACCUGAUGCUGCUGCUGGUAGUGAAGAUUGAUUCCCACCUCCACACUCCCAUGUACUUCUUCCUGGGACAGCUGUCCUUCCUGGACCUCUGCCACUCCUCUGUCACGGUGCCGAAGCUCUUGGAGAACCUCCUGUCUGAGAAGAAGAGCAUCUCCGUGGAAGGCUGCCUGGCUCAGGUCUUCUUUGUGUUUGCCACUGGAGGAACUGAGUCCUGCCUCCUGGCAGUGAUGGCCUAUGAUCGUUAUGUGGCCAUAAGUUCUCCUCUGCUCUACAGUCAAGUGAUGCACAGACAGCUGUGUGUAGGGCUGGUGUGGGGCUCAUGGGGUUUGGCUUUUCUGGAUGCCCUCAUCAAUAUCCUUGUUGCUCUGAGUUUAGAUUUCUGUGAGGCACAGAGCAUCCACCACUUCAUCUGCGAGCUGCCCUCUCUCUAUCCUUUGUCUUGCUCUGAUGUGUCUGCAAGCUUCACCACCCUCCUCUGCUCCAGCUUCAUCCACUUCUUUGGAAACUUCCUCCUCAUUCUCUUCUCAUACUUUCGCAUCUUGCUCACCAUUCUGGGAAUAAGGUCCACCUCCGGGAGAAGCAAGGCCUUUUCUACUUGUUCAUCCCACCUCACAGCAGUGAGUUUCUUUUAUGGCUCAGGGUUACUCCGCUAUCUCAUGCCAAAUUCAGGAUCCAUUCAAGAGCUGAUCUUCUCUUUGCAGUACAGUGUCAUCACUCCCAUGCUGAACCCCCUCAUCUACAGCCUGAAGAACAAGGAAGUGAAGGCGGCUGUGAGAAGAAUGCUAAGAAAAUAUUUGUAG